UGAAAAUUAAGUGAGCUUUGAGUUGCUUUCUUGGGCUCCGGAGUCCGGUGGGCUUUAGUCUCACAACAAUAGCAAAGCACAGCGGCCACUCCAUCGUCGACGUGAACUGUGCUGAUGGUUUUACUAUGCCGAUUGACUAAGCUUCACCAGACAACCUUUUAGGUGAAAUUGUUCAUGUACUCUAAAACCAGGUUCUACUUUAGUUUCUGAAAUUAAACUUUGUCUUAAUGCUGAAUGCUAGUACGAUGUAUUUGUCUUCUUGUUCAUCUGGGAAUGCUUAGUUUUUUUUUUUUCCAAUAGAAGCAAAAAUGUUACAAACCCAACAACAACAAGCAACUGUUCUUGUUUCCAAAUUGCUGAAACUCCCACCACUCAAAGCUCUCACACUCUUCAAAUCCUCAACAGAACUAGGCUUCCAACAAACUCACCAAUCGUUUGCCAUAAUCCUAAACCAGCUUCUAUCAUGCAACGCGCUCUCACGCGCUCAAUCUCUCAUCUUACAGUUAGUUUCUGGUAAAAUCACUUCACCCCAUUUCACUGUUUCUUCCUUACUUCACCAUUUAACACAUACCCAUUUCUUGAAUUCUACUCCUUUAUAUGAAAUAAUCAUUAAUGCCCAUGUUCAAUCUCAAUUAGUAGAUAAAGCUUUGAUCUUUUUUAAUGAAAUGAUUGAUAAAAGACUUCUACCUACAUCAAAUACAUCUAAUAGUAUACUUUCUUGUCUUAUAAAGAAUGGAUCUUUUGAAAAGGGUUGGUCUAUUUUUGAAGAAUCAAUUGGAAAGGAGUUCUUGGAUAUGCAUAGUUUUGGGAUAGUGAUAAAGGGUUGCUGUGAAAAUGGUGACUUGAAUGGUGCCUUUGAGGCCUUAGCCAAAUUGAAAGACUUGGGUUGGCAUCCGAAUGUUGUAAUAUAUACAACCAUGAUUGAUGGAUGUUUUAAGCACGGUAAUGCUGGACGAGCAAAGGAGUUGUUUAGUAUAAUGUCAGCUGAGGGUAUCGUUCCUAAUCAGUACACUUAUUCUGUUUUGCUUAGUGGUUUCUUUAGGCAAGGACUUAAAACUGAUGGCUUUGAGCUUUAUAAGAAGAUGAAGCUUGACGGAGUGUUUCCCGAUAUAUAUACUUAUAACUCUCUUAUUAAUGUGUAUUGCAGCGAUGGAAAAGUUAACAAAGCAUUUGAAUUAUUUGAUGAAAUGCAGCGUAACGGGGUAGUGUGCAAUGUUGUAACUUACAACACUUUGAUUAGAGGGUUAUGUCAAGAGAAGAGGGUAUCAGAAGCUGAGAAAUUGUUGGAACGAUUAAAGCAGGCUGGUUUGCACCCUAAUUUGAUCACAUACAACACUCUGAUAGAUGGGUAUUGCAGCGGUGGAAAGCUUGAGAAAGGAUUAGCUUUGUUCAAUCAGAUAAAGUCCUGUGGAUUAACACCUACUUCAAUCACAUAUAAUACUUUAAUUGCGGGUUUCUCCAGAGCUGGAAAUCCAUCAAGGGUUGUUGACUUUGUUCGUGAGAUGGAGGAAAGAGGCAUAUUUCCUUCAAAAGUCACAUACACAAUUCUAAUUGAUGCAUUUGCUCGAUCGAAAGACAUGGAAAAAGCUCUUGAGGUGUUCUCGCGUAUGCAUAAAGCUGGUUUGAGUGUAGACCUUUGUACAUAUGGUGCCUUGAUACAUGGAUGGUGUAGUCAAGGGAAUAUGAAGGAAGCAUUGAAGUUGUUACGAUCAAUGUCUGAACAUCAUCUGGAGCCUAAUGAUGUAAUAUACAAUAUGAUAAUAUUUGGAUACUGUAAAGAGGGCAGUUCCUAUAAAGCGUUGAGGCUGCUUAAAGAAAUGGUUGAGAAUGGAAUGGUUCCAAAUGGAGCAAGCUAUUGCUUGACAAUUGAAGUUCUUUGUAAUGAUGGGAAGUGGAAAGAGGCCAAAGUUCUUGCCAAUGGCAUGAUUAAAUUUGGUCUAAGGCCCUCGGUACCAUCAUGUGAUCUGAUUCAAAAAGCAAUUGACAUGACAACUUAAGUAUAUUGUGAUUGCGGUCCCUUAAUUAUUUGCACAGAAUGAGCAAUGGGGGAAAACAGUAACUGGAAAACUGAUGAAGCCUAAAAUAUCUUAGAGUGCCUUGUACUCAGUAUCAUGCCCGUCUGCUAAAGAUUAUGCAGACCACUUAAUCACAAGCUUACGCCGAUUCUUGUCAGAAAAGAAAUGAGGAGGCCUUCUUAAACAAGUCUUUAAAUGAUUUGGAUAUUAUACUUACUACAGAAGUCUCCCUUUGUCUUCUUCAGUUCGUCAACAUUAUUGUUAGUUUGUUAUCCCUUUAUUCUUAGAUUGCUAUUACUACCGUUUGCUACCUUGGCUUCGGCCCUCUUUUUAUCUUGUUGUUGUUUAUACUUGUUGUCAUUACCUCUUUUUAUCUUUUCUGUAGCCGAGGGUCUUCCGGAAACAGCCUCUCUACCCUCUAGGGUAGGGGUAAGGCUGCGUACAUCCCAUCCUCCUCAGAUCCCGCUCGUGGGAUUCACUGGGUUUGUUGUUGUUGUUGUUGUUGUACUUACUACAGAAGUCUCGUCUACGACGGAGUUCGAUAACAGCUGCAUGCUACUUUGUUUCAUCAUAUGAGGCAGCAGAAAUAACUUGUGCAUCUGUGCAGUCCUGUCUCAGAUUAGGUUGAAGAUAUAAACUAUACAUAAUAGUUAUUAGGAUCUCUUGUUGUUGUUAGUAUUGCAUUUUCUCUAUAAAAGGAGCUUAAUGAAGUUGUUGGGAUUACUCUUUUUGGGUGGGAGAUGAGGUGUUGGGCUCACCAAUGUUCUUGAACCAGCCAAUAGAGCAGCUGAUAUUUAUUCUUCAGAGUGUCAAUGGACCAGUCAUCUCUAUAUUAAAGGGGCAAUUAAUAUUUUGGACAGGUCACUAUGUAUGCAAGAGUUAAGCUGAAGUAUAUGGUCAUUAUAAUUGAUGAAAGACUUUACUAUGUCUUAUUCCUUUGCUGUAUUUCUCUUUCAGGAACGUAAAUGUAGAUAAAUCUUCUGCCUUCUUUAGAGGUAGCGGCAGACAAGGUUAAAGCCAGUUUAACAAUUCCCAGGAUUAUGUCUGCUGCUGAUGCUGGUACUGCGAAUAAAUAUGUGUGUGUGUGAAAAGCGGGAAACUAAAACGCAAGAUCAACCACCCUUUCACUGUUUAAGAGGCAGCAUAUCCUCCUGAUAAUCAUCAUUUUACUGAAGGAUCAAUACUUGAGUAAUAGGAAAAGAAUCAAUAUUGUAAUUGUAAGAAUACUCAUUCUAGAUUGAUGCAUUUUUUGCUGUGGACAUUUCCGUAGUAGGAUGAGCAAAAGUUUUUUUGAAGGUAUUUGUUGGUGUUGAUCUUAAUAUUGUGUCGAGAAUUUCCAGUAAGCAACUAUUAGUAUUUGAAUAUUUUUCACAACCCCUGAA